GAGAGAGAGAGAGAGAGAGAGGCUUGUUAGUAGUUAGUAUAGCGUGAAGUUUUUUGCCCAUUUUGAUUUUUGAUUUUUGAUUUUUUGAACUCUAGUUUUACUCGGAGGAGGAGAGAGAAUGAGAGAGGAAGCAAGAAGAAGAAAAGCUGAAGCCGAGAAAUCUCCAACUCCACUGCUUUUCCAGUAGCAGAGAUCGAAGAAUUUGAUUCUUUCCUUUUCGUUUCUGGUUCUUCUUUUUUUGGGUUUGUACAUUUUUGUUUGUUUUGUUCAAAGAAAAUGGCGAAAACUGGAGUUCUUGAGACGGAUCCUGCAGUAGUGGCGAAGGCGUCCGAAUUGAAGAAGGAGUUACAAAGACUCGUGAAGAAAAUUGUGGACGAAGAUGACUCGAGAUUUGAGAUUUUCGAUCAAGCCAAUGAAGCCCUUUCGGCGUUGAAGGAUUUGAAGUUGAAAGGAUCGCUCUCUCUCAAGCUUGACGGCGCACUUGAUUGUCCCGACCAUUUCCGUUGCCCUCUCUCUAAAGAACUCAUGAAGGAUCCUGUAAUCUUGGCUAGCGGACAGACUUAUGAUCGACUUUACAUUCAGAAGUGGCUAAAGGGAGGAAAUCGGACUUGUCCUGAGACCGAACAGGUCCUCUCACAUGUACUGCUCACGCCCAAUUAUCUGGUCAAGGACAUGAUUUCGCAGUGGUGUAAGAAACAGGGGAUCGAGAUGGCCGAUCCUGUCCAAGGCAAUGAAGAUGAAUUGAUCACACAAGCAGACCGAAAAAAUUUCGAAUUAUUGCUUGAAAAGAUCAAAUCAGAAUCUAUUUCUGAGCAGAAAUUUGCUGCAAAAGAGCUCAGGCUUCUGACCAAGCGAAUGCCCUGCUACCGUGCCUUAUUCGGCGAGUUUGCAAAUUCCAUUCCCUCCUUGCUGUACCCACUCUCACUACGCGUGGUUGAUAUGCAUCCUGAUCUACACGAAGACUUGAUCACAACAGUCAUGAAUCUCUCAAUCCAUGACAGCAAUAAGAAGCUAGUUGCAGAGACUCCAAAGGUCAUUCCUCAGCUUAUUGACUCUUUGAAUUAUGGAACCAUUGAGACAAGGACCAAUGCAGCUGCUGCCCUCUUUACCUUAUCAGCCCUUGAUUCCAACAAGACACUUAUAGGGAAGGAAGGGGCUCUAAAACCCCUAAUUAAACUCCUAGAUGAGGGUCAACCAUUAGCCAUGAAGGAUGCUGCUUCAGCAAUUUUCAGCUUGUGUUACGUCCAAGAGAAUAAGAUAAGGGCUGUCAAUGACGGCGCUGUAAUGGUGAUCCUGAAGAAGAUCAUGGAUCGUGUACUUGUUGAUGAAAUGUUGACAAUCCUUGCAAUGUUGUCGAGCCAUCAGAGGGCUAUAGAGGAAAUGGGUGAAAACGGUGCUGUGCGUGGCUUGCUUAGCAUCAUUAGGGAGUCUACAUGUAAGCGCAACCAGGAGAACUGUAUCGCCAUCCUCUACAAUAUCUGUUUCCAUGAUCGGACUAAGUGGAAGGAGAUGAGGGACGAGGAGAAUGCCAAUGGAACAAUAUCUGAGCUCGUUAGGACUGGAACUUCAAGGGCCAAGAGAAAGGCAAAUUCUAUCUUGGAGAGAUUGAAGAAAGGUGUUUCAUUUACUCACACUGCAUAGUGAGUUUCCUUACCCAACAGUGCCAAAUAUCUCUGUAAAUACUGUUUCUUCUUCGAUCCUUUUCUUUCCACACGGUUCCGAUUCUGUUCCUGUAUAAAGUCAAAUUCCCAUACAUGUUCCAUAUUCAUACCCUGCCCAUGAGUUUUUCUCCCACAUUGAACCUUUUGUGUAUCUGAGGCUUCCUGGUUACAAACACACUUUGAAUUUUCAUCUCUCAGGCCAAGAGUUUCUUCAUCAUGAAUAAAAGUAAAAGUACCCAUUUGCAACA